AUGAGUGCUUAUUUAAUUCUAAUUAUUUAUGGAUUUUUGAUUGCGGUAACAGACAGUCGGAAUAUCGACACGAUCGAGUGUGAGUCGCUGCCCGAAAAUGUCCUCGUGAAAAUUCUCGGCUCGGCAUACAAUCCGCGCUACAUGAGCGUCGAUGCGCCUUCUACGACGACGACAGACCCGCAAGUACUUGGCAAGAGCGGGAAACGCGGCGCCAGCGACAGCGAUCCCGACUUUUACGUCGACGACGAAUUCCAGAUGGAUCUGAGCAAUCAGCCGGCGUGGCAAGUGGAUUUUAUCACGAAAACCGGCGGCACGCGAAACAAACGUGCGCUCCGCUCCAGCAACAACGACGCCCAGCUGCAACGCGAAAAGCCCUGGUUUUGCGACUCGAAGAUCCGAUGGCAGGAUUUGGGUCCCGACUACUACCCCCGAUGGAUUCGCACGAUCGAAUGCGUCAAACACGACUGUUGGUACGGCAAAGCGACGUGCAAGCCGAAAAGUUUCACCGUGAAAAUCCUCAAACGGCAACGCGGAAAAUGCACAACAGCCGAGGGAUUGGCAGCCUUGGGACUGAUCGACAAUCAAAAGCCUGCGCCGAAUGCGCAACUCGAGGUUUGGACAUGGGAAGAACGCGCCGUCAACUUUUGCUGUGAUUGCGUUCUCGCACGCAAAAGUUUCUACUGA